AAAUAUCCAUACCCGACGCAUAUAUAAAUCGGUGCAUGCAGUUGGCAGUUACAGAGUUGGGAGUUCUGCAAUCAUGAACGCUUUAAACAUUCUUCUUGGGCUCGGUCUCGUAGUCGCGGCGUACGGCUUCCCUGGAGGCCAGAUCGUCGGCGGCAAAGAUGCACCGGCUGGAAUGUUUCCGUACCAAGUUUCCCUCAGGAAAAAUGGAAACCACUUCUGCGGUGGAUCUAUUUUGAAUAAACGCUACAUCCUCACUGCAGCUCACUGUGUCCAGGGGCAGUCACCCAGCAGCAUAACCGUUCACGUUGGCACAAACCUCCUGAGCUCAAGCGGAACUGUUUAUAACGCGGAAAGGAUUGCUGCCCACGCCAAAUUCAGCAGUUUACUUCUCGUUAACGACGUGGCUAUAAUUCGCGUCAAUAAGGACAUCUCUUUCAAUGCAAACGUUUCACCGAUCAAACUGGCCACUAGGGACGUCGCUGAAGAAUCAUCCUGCACCUUGUCAGGAUGGGGAACGCUUAAGGCCGGAGGAAGUCUGCCCAACAACUUGCAGUACAUAAAUCUGCGUGUUGAAACUCAGGCAAAAUGCAAACAGGUCUACUGGAAUGUGCGCGAGUCUCACAUCUGCACACUCACCAAAUACGGAGAGGGAGCAUGCAACGGUGACUCUGGUGGCCCCCUUGUUGCCAACGGCCAACAAAUCGGUAUCGUAUCCUUCGGACGUCCAUGCGGUAUUGGAAGCCCUGACGUAUACACAAGAGUAACGUCAUUCUUGUCCUGGAUCGACCAACAGCAAACUUUGCUUAUGAACGAAGAAGAAGAACAGCUUGAAAGCGACGUAGUCUACCGUGGAGUUGGUAACUUCAUCAUUGGGAUUUUUUCCAUCAUGUACACGCUUAGUGUUGCCAUCGUGCUCUGCCUUGCGGUUUCCGCUUACGGAUUCCCAGGGACCCAGAUCGUGGGUGGCAACGACGCACCUGUUGGAAAAUUCCCCUAUCAAGUCUCUCUUCAAUACAACGGAAACCACUUCUGUGGUGGAUCCAUCAUCAGCAGCCGCUACAUCCUCACUGCUGCCCAUUGCGUGAAAGGAGUGCCAGACAUCCGACGCGCUACCGUCCACGUUGGAAUAAACCUUUUGAGCCAAUCCGGAGCUGUUUACAAUGUCGAAAGUGGCGUAGCCCAUCCCAACUACAACGACAGAACGAUUUCUAACGAUGUUGCUGUGAUCCGCGUCAACAGGAAUAUUGCCUUCAACGCUAAAGUUAAAUCUAUCGGACUGGCCUCCCGCAACGUCGCUGAUGGAUCAUCCUGCGUUCUAUCUGGAUGGGGAACACUGAAGGCUGGUGGAUCUGUCCCCAACAAAUUGCAGUACGCUAACUUGCGUGUCGAGUCUCUGUCUAAAUGCCAACAAGCAUGGAAAGGUACUGCCAGUGUUCAAAGCACUCAAGUCUGCACGCUCACCAGAGUCGGACAGGGUGCAUGCAACGGUGACUCUGGCGGCCCUCUCGUUGCCAACGGCCAACAAAUCGGUAUCGUAUCCUUCGGACGCCCAUGCGGUCUUGGAAGCCCUGAUGUGUACACCAAAGUAUCCUCCUACUUGAACUGGAUCAGAGGACAACAAUCUCUCAUUCAGGACGAAGAGGAAUCUGACGUGGACAUGGUCGAAGAACCAUCGCAACCCGACAGUGUGAUGAUCGCAGAAGAACAACAACCUGAAUUUGCUCUUGCAAUCAUGUACGCGCUCAACUUCGCUGUUGUGCUCAGCCUUGCGGCUUUCGCCUACGGGUUCCCCGAGACCCAGAUCGUUGGAGGCAGUGAUGCACCUGUUGGAAAAUUCCCCUACCAAGUUUCUCUGAGAUUAAAUGGACGCCACUUCUGUGGUGGGUCCAUCAUCAGCUCUCGUUACAUCCUUACUGCAGCCCACUGCGUGAAUGCAGUGACCAGCAUUAAGAGCAUUACCGUCCACGCCGGAACGAACCUGGUCAGCGAAUCUGGAGAUGCUUACGCAGUUGAAAGUGGCCUAGCCCAUCCAAGCUACAAUGCUCAAACGAUCGCCAACGACAUUGCUCUGCUUCGUGUCAGCAAGCCGAUUGCCUUCAAAGCCAACGUUAAAGCUAUCCCACUCGCCAGCGGAAAUGUCGCUGAUGGUGCUGCCUGCGUUCUGUCUGGAUGGGGAACCCUGAGGGCCGGAGGAAGUAUCCCCAACAAAUUGCAGUACGUUGACUUGCGCGUCGAGGGUAUGUCUAAGUGCCAACAGGCAUGGAAAGGAACAGCCGUUGUUCAAAGCACUCAAAUCUGCACGUUCACCAAAGUCGGACAAGGCGCAUGCAACGGUGACUCUGGUGGCCCCCUCGUCGCCAACGGACACCAAAUCGGUAUCGUAUCCUUCGGACGCCCAUGCGGUGUCGGAAGCCCUGAUGUGUACACCAGAGUAUCCUCCUACUUGAACUGGAUCAAACAACAACAAUCUUACAUCCAAGAUGACGAAGAGCCUCAAUCUGAGGCGGACAUGUCCGAUGAAGAAGUACAAGAUAACAGCGAGAGCAUCGAAAUCGAACCUCGAGAAUUUAUUUACUAACUGGCUUAAUUCACACGUUUUAUUGAUUUACCAUAGUGCCUUAAGAUUCAACAUUGGAUAUGUUAAUUAAUUUCAAGUAAACUCGUAAAUGUAACAAUA